UCUGUUUAUUAAAUUAAAAAUGAAUGCGGAUGAAUAAAUGUCGGAAAAAAUGUCCUCAUGCACGUUGUGCUGACGCGCGUCAAAUGUUCAAGACAAUUCGGGGAAUGAUCAUGCAACAAAUAGCUGGAAAAUUUUCCCGAGCACUUUGUGCCGACGUGUGUCAAAUAUUCAAGACGUCUAGGUCGUGCAUGGUGUUUUGCUAUGUUUACGCUGUUGUGAAUAAGGGCCAUCUGGCACACAUGAUACAAAUGUAUACCAGUCUUUUUUUAACAGCUUUUAAUAAGUUUCGCAACAUUGUAACGUAAUGAACUAAAAUGGAUUAUGUUUUGAGAAAACACGAAAUGCCACCAUUUAAACGUGAUACUCAUAGUUUCUAUAAAUGAUGUAAUUAUUUCAUUUCUUUAUACUUAAACAGUUCAAAUGUCAAGUCCUAAGCUUCGUAUGAUUACAGUAUUUGUCAUCAAUAUUAAGUUAAACUUAUUAUGCUGAUGUCAUCAUGUGCAAUGAUUGGCAUCAUUGCGUUUUCUAACUAAUUUGCAUGGUUAUAUAUUUUAUUUAAGCGUGUGGAAUAUUUUACAGAUUGUAGGGAAUUGUAAUUGCAAACUUUUCAUUUUAAUCUUGAGGCAAAGCAUGAAUUUUCCUUGUGUAUUCAUUCAUGUAUAUUUGUGAUUUAUUUUCACAGACAUUCACCAACUCUGUUUUCAAAGGUGCCAAAUUUUCUUGUGAUCGUUUUCGCCAUGCAUUGUUGAGAGACUUGCGGAAGAUGGAUGUUCAACAGCUGUAUCUUCAUCUAGGCUCAAAUGACAUUCUUACGAAUGAAGCGGUGUUUUACCGAGAUGUAGCUGACUUGUGCGAUUUGGUGCAUCAGGAGGCGCACAAUCGGUGUCCAGAAUGCAGGGUUGUUUGCUCCAACAAAGACGCUUUGCUGAGCCACUUCUGCAGUCGCCACAUCAAGCAACCAGAGACUGGAAAAGAGAGUAAAAUUAAGCUGAUAGGCUCGCCAAUGAUUGCAUCUGCUAAUCAUGAACUCAACGAAGUCAGCUCAAGGAAGUGGAAGGCAUGCUUGGAAAAUAGACGUUUCCAUUAUGAAGGAACAUACAAACAUUUCCCACCCACCAUGUGGAUCAAGAUGUUUGGGCUGAUGAUUCUGGGUCGUAUGUGUGGACAAGGUGGUCUUCAUUACAUCAUGAUGCAGCUGUGUAUUCAACAACAUGUUAACCUGUCCCAGCGGAUGUUGAUGCUCUUAAAUCUCUUAAAUGAUGUUGAGAAAAAUCCAGGACCGGAGUAUUCGUGCAAAUGGAUAUCCUGCAAGGAAGACUUCCACUCCAUAGGACAGCAAGAUGCACAUAUCAUCUCUCAUGUGGUUCAAGAGAAAUGCUGUAGAUGGGGAGACUGUACCAAAGUCCUGAGCUUUAAUAGUCUUGAAAUCCAUGCUCUUAAACAUCUCUAUGAUGUGAGUUUAGCACUGUGUAUGAACUGGUGUUGCUACAUUUUCUGCAUAUCUUUAUCUCAGUCUUCUCUAGUUUUGAUGGUCAAAUACAUAUUGUCUGCCAGUUUUUUUCCCCCAAUACUGCCGUUCAUCGUUUGCUUGCUUCAAGAGUUUUAAAAGAAAUUAAAACUCAUUUGUUUAGUUAGAAUCUUAUGAAAGACUUAAAUGGCCAUGUUUAAUACAAUUGUAUAACAACAUAUACGAGCUAAAAAAAUAGUUGGAAUAAUUAAUGUUUAUAUGAACAUAACAAAUUUACUUAAAAUCAUAGGUCUUGUUUUUGUCUGCCACUAUAAGAACCAGAACAUAUUUCGGACAUUCGAGGAUUGACUUGCUGUGUUAGAGGAUCAUCAGGUGAUGGAAGAAACCAGGCUUUUUUCGACUCAAUGUUGAUGAAACCUGAUCGACAUGCUCGUCUUGGUUGAGUAAGCCUGGGUUGAGUGUUUCCAAAAAGUAGGUAACCUGGUGAAAUCUUAGGAAAACAUUGUAACCAGAUCCAGGUUUAUUUGACUGACAGACCGAUGGACAGUGGGUCAACCGUAAAUCCCUUCAUGUGAAAACGGUAGGGACAAAAUAAAUAUCACAUUGCUCUUCUGAGUUCAUUUGUAAACCAAGUUUUAUCACAAAAUUAAAAUGGUCAAUGU